GCGGAAAAGGAAGAGAGAGAGAGAGAGAGAUAAAAGAAGAGAGGAAAAAGAAAGGCGAUGAACCCAACAACUCAGCCCUGACUUGGAACGCACUCCCAUGCCAUCGCAUUGGCAGAUUCGUGCAGAGAGAUGGGAAAACUUCACUCGAAACAUGCUGCUGUUUGUAAACCCAGAGAAAGCCCGGAAGGUGAUAGUUUUGCUGUGAAUGCCUCGCUGGCUCGCAAAGGGCUUGAGGACUGGAUGGUGAAUCAGAAACACUCCGGCAGCGGAAGCUGUAGUGGGGGUAGCAGUUUGGGACUUCAGCAGGCGUGCCAUCACCGGGCUCUUUGCAGGCUCUCCGGUUCCAGGGAUCCAGCUGGUGACGGUUACAGGGAGGCUCUUGAAAAUGAACACUUUCAUCUAGAAGUGGCUUUGCCUCCAGAGAAGACAGAUGGAGUUUGCAGCGGUGAUGAAAAGAAAAUGGAAAAAGAGACUGACACACGUGCAAAUGCCAAGAAGCAGCUAAAAUUUGAGGAAUUGCAAUGUGAUGUGUCCGUUGAGGAAGACAACAGACAAGAAUGGACCUUUACGCUUUAUGACUUCGACAACAAUGGCAGAGUCACGCGUGAGGACAUCACCAGCUUGCUUCACACCAUCUAUGAAGUAGUCGACGCUUCAGUAAAUCACUCUCCCAGCUCCAGUAAAACUUUGCGGGUGAAGCUCACUGUAGCUCCAGAUGGAAGUCAGAAGAAAAAAAGUAUUCUUCUGAAUCAUGCUGAUCUACAAAGCUCAAGGCACCGAGUGGAGAGCAAAGCCAACGAAGAACAGAGGAAUUCUGAAAAGAAGCCGAGGAGUUCCCUCAGGUACCAACACGGUGAGGCCAAGCCUGAACAGAACGGAUGCUAUCGCCAUUGCGUUGAUGAAAAUAUUGAAAGGAGAAACCACUAUUUGGAUCUUGCAGGAAUAGAAAACUAUACGUCAAAAUUUGGGCCAGGAUCGCCACCAGUGGCUCAGAAACACAACCCACCUGUCCGCGUUGCAAAUCAAACAAGAUCCCGAUCCCACGAACCAGAGGUUUUCCAUGCCCACCAGCGAAGAUCUCCAGCAGCUGACCCUGGCCACAUCAAUUUAAUGGAAGCGUCCUAUGCAAAACUUGCGGAAAUACAGCAGAGGCUGCGUAGUCAAGACGCGAACAGGCACUUUGUAAAGUCUCCCAAGGCUCAAAGCAAAAACGCCGCUUCUGCGAAUACAGGAAGGGCCGUGAGGAGUAAACCCAUUCAAGGGGCAUCUGUACCUAUGGCUUCCCCUACCACGCGGGUUGGCCAGAACGUUCCAUACCUGCCCAUGCAGUCUCAGCAGACUUACAAGAAACAUAAGCAGAGGGCGAAAGAGACUCAUCAAGUGUGCAAGAGCUUCCCAGCUCCUGGGACAGUUCUGGAGAAAGAACAUGUGAGAGACCUGCCCGCGGUCAUCUUGUAUGAAGGUCAAGUUGGGCAGAUGAUUCAGAGACAUGAGCACCACCACCACCAUGAGCACCACCACCACUAUCACCACUUCUACCAGACAUGAAACGGACCCACCAUGGUCUAUUAGAAAACCAUCCUAUAUGAAGGAAGCCCUUUGCUGCCGCCAAUUGGGAAGAAAGGCAUUGUUCUUAUUAACUUUGUUGCUACUCCAUUAAUAUUCUGCUAGCACCUAUUUUAGGAGUUAUAUGAAAACACUAAAAUUGAUGAUGAUGAUGAUGAUGAUGAUGAUGAUGAUAAUAACCUAACACUAUUUAUA